AUGGCCAUCUACUACUUACAAUCACCACAACAACAACACCAGCUUAAAUCAACACAAAAAUUCUACCAAUACGCCACAAUUGUCGUUUUGCUGCUGACGCUCAUAGCUGGCGGCAACAUGCAACAACAGCAGCAAUUGAUGCAACAAGCGCCUAGCUUGCAGCAACAGCAUGUCCCAACUGCAAAGCAAGCACAACCACAACAGCAGCAAUCGCAGCAAGCGCAUCAGCAACACUCGAACGCCAUUAUGGGCGAGGCGGGUGUUACGAACUCCCAGCUGCCACAACCGCCCACAGCCACACAUUAUGGCGGUGCCAAUUUGCAGCCUGGCGGCAUGGUGGGUGGCAUGCUAGCCGGCACAGCUGGCCAGGAUCCGCGCUACGAUGCGCCCGACGAUUGUCACUUUCUGCCCGCCGCUGGACCAGAGCACCCCGAAAUUGCGCUCACCUGCAAUCUACGCACCGUCAAUAGCGAAUUCGAUACGACCAACUUUAGUGUAAUACCAGCUGAUCACACGAUAGCGUUGCAUGUGCUGUGCAACGAUGAAAUAAUGGCGAAGAGUUCGCUGGAGGCGCGCUCCUUUGCGCAUUUGGUGCGUUUGCAGGAACUCUCCAUACAAUAUUGCAAGCUCGCUAAGUUCAAUCGGCAUGUGCUGGAGGGUUUGAGCCAGCUGCGCAAUCUUACCGUACGCACACACAACAUACUCUGGCCCACAAUCAAUUUCGAUAUUGAGGCCGAUGCUUUUGCGGUCGUCAAGAACUUGGAGCGUUUGGAUUUGUCAUCGAAUAAUAUUUGGUCGUUGCCGGAUAAUAUUUUCUGUGCGCUAAGCGGUUUGUCCUCGCUGAAUAUGAGUGAGAAUCGCUUGCAGGACGUGAAUGAGUUGGGUUUUCGUGAGCGCAGCAGGGAACAACAAAUGACUGGAUCGGAACAAUCGACUGUGGCUACACCAGAGGUGUCCACCAAGCGUCAGCAGUCUAUCGGCAGCAGCAGCAGCAACAGUAGCUGCAAUUUGGAUUUGGAAGUACUGGAUGUGUCUUACAACCAUUUCGUGCUGCUGCCCGCCAAUGGUUUCGGUACGCUACGCCGUCUGCGUGUGCUGCAAGUGAACAACAAUGAGAUAUCCAUGAUUGCCGAUAAGGCAUUGAGUGGCUUGAAGAAUUUGCAGGUGCUCAAUCUUAGCUCGAACAAAAUCGUCGCCCUGCCCUCUGAGCUGUUCACCGAACAGGCUGGCUCAAUACAGGAAGUGUACCUGCAGAACAACUCAAUUAGCGUGCUCUCCCCGAAACUGUUCUCAAAUCUCGAUCAACUGCAAGCGCUCGAUUUGUCCCACAAUCAGAUCACCUCAACAUGGAUCGAUCGCAACACUUUUGUUGGACUCAUACGUUUGGUGUUGCUCAAUUUGGCGCACAAUAAGCUCACCAAGCUGGAGCCGGAAAUCUUCACUGAUCUCUAUACUUUGCAAAUUCUCAAUCUGCGUCACAAUCAACUGGAGAACAUCGCCGCCGACACAUUUGCGCCUAUGAAUAAUCUGCAUACACUGUUGCUCUCGCAUAAUCGCCUUAAGUACUUGGACGCUUAUGCGCUCAACGGUCUGUACGUGCUGUCGCUGCUUUCACUGGACAACAAUGCUUUGAUUGGCGUGCAUCCCGAAGCGUUUCGCAAUUGCAGCUCUCUGCAGGAUUUGAACUUGAAUGGCAAUCAAUUGAAAACUGUGCCGCUUGCGCUGAGAAAUAUGCGUUUGCUGCGCACAGUUGAUCUUGGCGAGAAUAUGAUCACUGUGCUGGAGGACAAUGCAUUCAAGGGCUUGGGCAAUCUCUAUGGUCUACGUCUAAUAGGCAAUUAUUUGGAGAAUAUAACAAUGAAUGCCUUCAAGGAUCUGCCCAGCCUGCAGAUACUCAAUCUGGCCCGCAAUCGCAUUGGUGUAGUGGAACCGGGUGCUUUCGAAAUGACGUCGAGCAUACAAGCGAUACGUUUGGAUGGUAAUGACCUGAGCGAAAUUAAUGGUUUGUUCAGCAAUAUGCCUUCAUUGCUGUGGCUGAAUAUCUCUGAUAAUCGUUUGGAACACUUUGACUAUGCGCAUGUGCCUCAUACUUUGCAGUGGCUCGAUCUGCAUAAGAAUCGCUUGGGCGAACUUUCGAAUCGUUUCAGCUUGGACACACAAAUACGGCUGCAAACUUUGGACGCGAGUUUCAAUCAAAUACAACGCAUCUCACCCUCUUCAAUACCCAACUCCAUCGAACUGCUUUUCCUCAACGAUAAUCUGAUACACAUUGUCGAUCCAGAUACUUUCAUGCACAAGACGAAUUUGACGCGUGUCGAUCUCUAUGCCAAUCAAAUCACUACGCUGGACAUUAAGUCCUUACGCAUACUACCCGUACAUGAGCUGCGUUCGUUGCCUGAGUUCUACAUUGGCGGCAAUCCCUUCACCUGCGACUGCAACAUCGACUGGCUGCAGAAGAUCAAUCACAUCAAGUCACGUCAGUAUCCACGCAUUAUGGACUUGGAGACCCUCUAUUGCAAGUUGCUGAACAACCGUGAACGCGCUUACAUACCACUCGUCGACGCCGAGCCGAAGCACUUUUUGUGCACUUACAAGACGCACUGCUUUGCUGUUUGCCAUUGUUGCGAGUUCGAUGCCUGUGACUGCGAGAUGACUUGCCCGACGAAUUGCACCUGCUUCCACGAUCAGACUUGGUCGACGAAUAUUGUCGAGUGCUCCGGUGCUGGCUAUUCACAAAUGCCACGCAAAGUACCCAUGGACACCACAGAGCUGUACAUUGAUGGCAAUAACUUCGUUGAGCUUGCGGGUCAUACUUUCCUGGGGCGCAAAAAUCUCGCUGUGCUGUUUGUGAAUAACUCCAAUGUGCAAUUCCUACAUAAUACAACUUUCAGCGGCUUGCGUAGACUGCUCGUGCUGCACCUAGAGGACAAUCACAUUGCUGAGGUGCGUGGCGAUGAGUUUAGCAAUCUCGAGAAUCUGCGUGAGCUCUAUCUACAGAAUAAUCUCAUAACCAGUGUGGGCAACGGCAGCUUUCAGGCACUGCGUAAGCUUGAGGUGCUGCGUUUGGACGGUAAUCGUUUGAUGCAUUUCGAAGUGUGGCAAUUGGCGCUCAACCCUUACCUCGUAGAAAUCGGACUUGCAGACAACCAAUGGAGCUGUGAAUGCAGUUACUUGAUGCGCUUUCGCGCUUAUCUUUCACAGACAGCAGAGAAAAUUGUGGAUGCGGCACGCGUCUCCUGUGUGUACAACAAUGCGACCAGCGUGCUGCGUGAAAAAAAUGGCACCAAAUGCACGCUGCGUGGCGAUGAAGUCACGACCUAUGCACAUGCCAGUGAAAUCGAACAUUUGCUCCCCCUGCUGCUAGUUGCCACAUGCGCCUUCGUUGGCUUCUUUGUGCUCAUAUUGGGCGUCUUCUGUUAUCGGCAUGAGCUCAAAUUGUGGGCGCACUCGAAUUGUCUGCUAAACCUGUGCUAUACGGGACGCAACACGCACGGCUUUGUCGAGUCGUUCGACAAGGACCGGCUCUGCGAUGCGUAUUUCGCCUACAGCUUGCAAGAUGAGCACUUCGUUAAUCAAAUAUUGGCGCAAACCCUUGAACAUGACAUUGGCUAUCGGUUGUGUCUGCACUAUCGUGACGUGAAUAUCAAUGCGUAUGUGACGGAUGCCAUUAUUGAGGCGGCCGAGAGCGCCAAGCAGUUCGUAUUGGUGUUAUCGAAGAAUUUCCUCUACAAUGAAUGGACACGUUUCGAAUAUAAAUCAGCGCUGCAUGAGAUGGUGAAGCGCCGCAAGCGUUUGGUCUUCAUACUCUACGGUGACUUGCCGCAGCGAGACAUCGAUAUGGAUAUGCGCCAUUACUUACGUACAAGCACUUGCCUCGAAUGGGAUGACAAGAAAUUCUGGCAGAAGCUGCGCAUCGCUUUGCCGCAUAUACGCAAGCGGCCAAUGACCGCCAAUUGUCUCGCAAGUCGCUCGGCCGUGAACAUUUACGGUCCAACGCAUGAAUACCAGCCGGCAGGGGCCAACACCGUAGGUGGUAUUGGUGGUGGGGUCGGUCUACCUAAUGGGCAUCUUAGUGCGGGCACCGGCGCUGACAAGACUCACUACAAUGAUUGCAACAACUAUGCGACCAUUAAUGACUGCGGUGUCGGCGCGCGCGGUUACGCGCCCAUACCCACCGCCACUGCUGCUUGCAAAUUCAAUACGCUCAAUGAGCUUUCACACAAACUGCACAAGAAUGAUUUACUGAACAACAUAGGCGGUGGUGCAGGUUGCAUAGGACUGGGCGGUGGCGCCAAAACGCUCGACCAUCAUCAUCACUUGCGACCACAUCAGCAGCACGAGUACGCCGUGCCCGCAUACUUGGGCGCGCUAUCUAACGGCCAUGUCGGCAGCGGCAAUGCACCCACCUAUGAUAGUGUCGACUACGCAAAACAACAGAAAUUGAGCGGCAGCAAUAAUUGUGACAACUGUAAUGGUGGUACGCAAAAGCGCGUCACAAAAGGUGGCCUACACCCCAGCUUUUCAUCCAAUUUUACCGCGCCGCCCAACGGCAGCAUCGGUGGUGGCGCCUGCUACAACAGUUAUAAUUGCAAGAAACCUUGCAAUUGUGGCGCGCGCAAGCAUCCUGCGGCAGCUAGUGAGGAUGGUAUCAGCUGUCGUUGCGGUAAUGCAGGUAGCGGUGCGGCAAAGGACACACUCAAUGCGGCCACAACUGCGACGACAACUGCACCCGCGACGACUGCGGCAACGGCGAUAACGUUGACGAAUAAUACCUGCAGCAGUAAUAGCAGCAACAACAGUCACAGCAGCAGCAGUGCGACCAACAGCAGCAACAACAGCACCAGCUCAGCGGGCAGCAAUAAUCGUCAGACAACCGAACAACUGGCCCACUACGAAUCCAGUUUGUCGCUGAACGACAGCGCAACAUUGAAUGGGCCACUGUGGGCGUAACAGCAACUAGAUUUAGAUGAUGGCAGUGUUGCGGGCGGCAAGACGCGCUUGGCGGUGUGCUUGAAUGUG